AUCCCAGCGAAAGUUUUACUUCUAAUUCAUAUUUCUUUUUUUAUUUUUUAUUUUUAUGAUUUCAUCUUUUUCCCUAAACUAAUUUUAUUUUAUUUUAUGCCGCUAUUAUAUUCGAUUCCUAUUUCCCCCUUUUCCACUUAGUUACGGCCACUCACUUUAAUCCGAAUAAAUUGAGCGGACGACUGGACACAAAUCUUGCUGACCUCAUCUGAAACUUUGUUACGUCAUUGAUCAAAAUAUGGCUUGCUUAACUUGCUCACAACUAAAUAUAAGCAACGCGAUUCUCAAAACCCAGCUUCAUCAAUCGGGAUUACCCAAAGCGCCCAGGCUACUACUAUACAGGAGUACCUCCUCCCGCCUUUCUCGGGUUAAAUUUUCGCCUUUACUUUGCAUGAACAACAUUUCUUGGGAAGCCUCUCUCCCAUACUCUUCAACAGAGAAUGGUGGUAGCAUUAUCAAGGGAAAUAGGGUUGUGGAACCAAUUGAUUCAGAAGAAACACCAGAAAUUCCUAUUUUUCACAGUGAACAAGAUGUUGUAGAAGUAAAAAGCAGCUCUUUUCUUAUGCAGCUACCUCUGAAGUGGCCAAUGUGGCUUCUGGGUCCUUCUAUUCUUUUAGCAACGGGUGUAGUUCCGACACUAUGGUUGCCUUUAUCUUCUGUCUUUCUUGGUCCGAACAUUGCUGGCGUGCUCUCUUUAAUCGGGCUCGACUGUAUAUUUAACAUGGGGGCAAUGUUGUUUCUCCUCAUGGCCGACGCGUGUGGACGACCCAAAGAAAGUUCAACUUCCUGUGCCGUAGGAAGCCAAAUUCCUCUCCGUUAUAAGCUAUGGAACAUGGGGGCAAGUGUCCUGGGCUUUCUUGUCCCGCUGGUGCUGCUUUUUGCUUCAUGCAAAAGCACUUUGCAGCCGCAUCUACCAUUCAACUCAUUUAUGGUGCUUCUUGGGCCAUACCUGCUGCUUCUGUCGAUACAGAUGCUGACCGAGAUGCUCACGUGGCACUGGAGAUCGCCCGUGUGGCUCGUGGCGCCGGUGGUGUACGAGGGUUAUCGGGUGCUGCAGCUGAUGAGGGGAAUUUCAUUGGCUGGUGAGAUCAGCGCUCCCGCAUGGAUGGUGGAGAGUCUUCGUGGGCUGGUCACGUGGUGGAUUCUAAUUCUCGGGAUUCAGCUCAUGCGUGUUGCUUGGCUCGCCGGAUUGCCAUAUCGAAGUAAAAGUUAAAUCAAAUGUUAUUAGAUACAGAACAGUUAGUUUAUAAACAGAAUAGCGGAAACAAGAUCGACAUUUCAUAAAAUACUUAGCAUAUUUAUUUUUGUUCUAUUGGAUGCUUUUGGCGCAUAAUGUAGCUCUUGUGCAGAUUUGGCCA